GGGUUUGACGUGUGGAAGUUGGACGCAUAUGGAUUAAAGGAAGAGACAGAGAGUGGGGGGGGAUUUCAUUUCAUGGCAAGACAGUUUCAUGAAAUGUGUGUCGGAUCUUGUCUCGGUCAGGGCGACUAAAAGCGGCUGCUGAGGGUCGGUUUUCUCCGGCCAGGGUUUGAGGUAAAAGGGCCUGGGAGUCGCUGCUUCUGCUGCUUUCAUGACCUUGGAAUCGCUGCUCCUGCAGGAGAAAACACGGAUUAAACCGCUGGGAUGUGUGCACUGCAUGCUUUUGGCCAUUAAAAUUUAUAUUUUCUACAAUUACAGUGCUACAAUUAAGACCUGGCAUGCAAUAUUGGGUGUUAUUUUCAUAAUAUUCAGAGUAUUGCAUCCUUUUUAAUUAAUUGAGGUGGCCCCUUCUCCUUUUCCAAUCUUUAUACUGGUUUGAAAUUUAAGAUAUUUUUAACUAAGAGUGAUUUGACGGCUGUCCUCGUCAUGCAGCUGACAGAAUAUACUGAAACUCUGUGCAGACUGGCAGCAUUCAGACGCAUUAUUUACAUUUAAGAGCUCAUUAUUGAGUUAAAGAUAGACACUUUGCCACUAAAAUAACCCAGCUCUGUGCUUGCUUUGGCUUUUGCAAGGCGUUGUCUGCCCUAAUGCUGCAGGAACAGCUCAGCCCUAUGAAUAGAGGACAUGCACUUUUCACUGAUCACCCUCUGGAUUUAGAAAUACUGGCACAUAAUGAAAUAUAUUCAGUAUUGUUCUGCCAAUGCGGACUUUUACACCAUAAUAAUAAUAUUCCUUUUGUGUAAAUCCCAUAUUUAUCUCCAUUAUUCAUUCGGUUGUCUUAUACACUAUGCGCAAAGGAAAUGAUGGGUUGUGUUUUAUUGUUCAAAGGUGUAUAUAUUAAAGUUUUCCAGCUGCGUCACUCUCUGGUGCAGUAAGAAGAAAUAAAUGGGACAAAGUGUGCAGUUUUUUGUAUUUAUUUUGGAAGUGUGUGUGUGUGUGUGUGUGUGUGUGUGUGUGUAGUUCAAGGUAAGAGGUGGCUUUUCACCUUGUGAAGGACAGCUGUAUUUACUGACGUAUGUAAAUGAAUGUAGGGGAGGCGCUUGGGCAGAAAACACUGAAUCAGUUUCACAUUGCAGCUCUGAGUUCCUGCUGGAGAAGAGAAGGGGAAAAAACGAGACGUGGCGAAAAACCUGCUCAUCAAACCAUGCAGGAUGAUUUAUUGAUGGACAAAAACCAAGCCCAGCCUCAUUAUCAUCAGCACGAGCAAGCGGAGCCUCCUCCUCCUCCUCCUCCUCCUCCUCCUCCUCUUCAUCCCUCCUCCUCCUCCUCCUCCACGCCGACUCCGUCCCCGGAUCAAACUUCUUCCUCCUCCGAGUCGGAGAGCCCGUCGGCCGGCAGCAGCAGAGACAAAGCUCCCAUGGAGUCUCCCAUCCUGCCCGGCCUGAGCUUCCAGCAGGAGACCGGGGGCCUGGGGCCGCUGGGCGGGCCCCUGGGCGGGCCCCUGGGGGCCCCGGCCUCCCCGUUCGGGGGCUCCUGGUCCACGGGCCAGACGGAGGACAGCUUUUUCCAGGGAGUACCGUCGGUGAACGGGACCAUGCUCUUCCAGAACUUCCCCCACCACGUCAACCCGGGGUUCGGGGGGAACUUCUCUCCGCAGAUGGGCCCCCAGAACCAGUCCCAGAGUCAGAAUCAGCAGCAUCAGCAGCAUCAGAAUCAUCAGUCCCAGAAUCAGAGGAGGUCCCCCGUCAGCCCCAGCCAGGGGCCCCUGUUCCCCCCCCACAAAAGCCCCUACCAGACCAUCAGUAAUAAGGGCUCCCCGGCGUCCCCCUCCUCCUCCUCGGCCUGGAACAACCACCAGAACGCAGCCUGGAGCUCCGGCUCCAACCCCUGGAGCGGCCUGCAGGCCGGCCGGGACCCCCGCCGGGCCCCCCCGGGGCCCCCGGGGCCGGGGCCCCUCAACCCCAUCUCCCCCAUGAAGAAGCCUUACAGCACCAGCAGUGUCAUCGCCCCCCCCAAGUUCCCGCGGCCCCUGGCCGGGCCCCUGGCCGGGCCCCUGCUCGGGCCCAAGCCCUGGCUGGAGGAGUCGGCGUUCAGGACCGAGAGCAACGGGAACAACUUACUGCCUUUCCAGGACCGGAAUCGGCCCUUUGACGCUUUUAGCUUGCACUCUUUGGAGAAUUCCUUAAUGGAUAUGAUAAGGACUGACCAUGACAAAGGUAAAGCACACCCUGCCGGUGGCCCACCCAUGACUAUCGCUGAUAUUAUAUGGAGGAAUCAUUUUGCAGGACGGAUGGCGCUCAACUUCCACCACCCUGCAGCAGAACACAUCAUGCCGUUAAACACCCGGAGCUAUGGCCGCAGAAGAGGCCGUUCCUGCCUCUUCCCGUUUGAGGACGGUUUCCUUGACGACGGCCACGGCGACCCCUCGCUGACCCCGGGCCUGAACUCUCCGACCCGCUGUCAGAACGGAGAGAGGAUGGAGCGAUACUCCCGGAAAGUGUUUGUGGGGGGUUUGCCCCCCGACAUCGAUGAAGAUGAAAUCACCAACAGUUUCCGGCGCUACGGCCACCUGGUGGUGGACUGGCCGCACAAAGCCGAGAGCAAGUCCUACUUCCCCCCCAAAGGCUACGCCUUCCUGCUUUUCCAAGAAGAGGCGUCUGUGCAGGCGCUGAUCGACGCGUGUCUGGAGGAGGACGGGAAGCUGUACCUGUGUGUCUCCAGCCCCACCAUCAAGGACAAACCGGUGCAGAUCCGUCCCUGGAACUUGAGCGACAGCGACUUUGUGAUGGACGGAUCUCAGCCGCUGGACCCGCGCAAGACCAUCUUCGUGGGGGGGGUUCCCCGGCCCCUGCGUGCAGUGGAGCUGGCGAUGAUCAUGGACCGGCUGUACGGCGGGGUUUGCUACGCCGGCAUCGACACCGACCCCGAGCUCAAGUACCCGAAGGGCGCGGGCCGCGUGGCCUUCUCCAACCAGCAGAGCUACAUCGCUGCCAUCAGCGCCCGCUUCGUCCAGCUGCAGCACAACGACAUCGACAAGAGGGUGGAGGUGAAGCCGUACGUGCUGGACGACCAGAUGUGCGACGAGUGCCAGGGCGCGCGCUGCGGCGGGAAGUUCGCCCCGUUCUUCUGCGCCAACGUCACCUGCCUGCAGUAUUACUGCGAGUACUGCUGGGCCAGCAUCCACUCACGGGCCGGCCGCGAGUUCCACAAGCCGCUGGUGAAGGAGGGCGGGGACCGGCCCCGACACGUGUCCUUCCGCUGGAGCUGAGACGGACGGAGGGAUGGAGGACGGAGGGGUCGUAACCCUAAACCCCCCGUGAACCCGUACCACGAUCCCCAAAAAGCUCCCGCAGCCCGGGACGGCGUUGCGGCAUUGUAGCCCCCCAUCCCCUUUGAAUUCUGCCCCUACAAACCCCUCACACACACAAAAAAAGCAAAAAGGAAACCAUUUCCCCGUCUUACGAAGCUUUGGGAUGGAAUCGGGGGGCGGGGGGGAAACCUGCAAAACUCCAUCAGCUUAGAAUUUGCACUUCGGCACAAAGUCUCACUAAAAACACACACACUUACGCAGACGAUGGUUUGUUAAACAUGUGGCUACUUUAGUUCCCUGUUCCGUUGACUGGUCGUGUGGCCCCGCCCCCUUUACCAAAAAGAGGCGGGGCCACACAAAUAUCUAAAAAAAGAAAAUUCAAUUUAGUGUGUGUAUGUGUACACACGCAUUUAGUUUAUUUUGUACCUAUCUAUAAAGAUAUAGAUAACUUAAAAGUUUUAUGUAAAAAAGAGCAUGCACUUAUUUUGAAAAGGCUGUAGUUACGUUGCCCCGUGUAUAAACAAUAAUAAUAAUAAUAAUUACCAAACGCAAAUUGAAUGAAUGCAUACAGAUAAAGCAAAAUAGGUAACUUAAAAUGUAGCAAGAGUUAAACGUCUCGUAGUUGUGGGCUCGUAUCGCCCGGAGUAAAACAUAACUCGGAUAUAUUCACUCUGGAUUUUGACUCUGAAGAUAUUAAUACCUCAUACCGCGCAAAUCAGAUUAGUUUGCUUUUGGAUCUGUAGGUCUUUAUUUUUAUAAUAACAUUAUUUUUUAGUGUUAUGUAAAUGUAAUGCUGCAAUAGCUUUGCUGCUAAAUCCAUGGUAUAACCAGAUACCAUAAGUACUUUAUUCAGGCUGGGGUGUAUAAUAAUAAUAAUAUUGAUGAUGAUAAUAAUAAAACAACGACGUGGUGUUUCAGAACGACGACGGAGAACUUUGUGGGGGGUCGGGGUGCGUCGCCCAGAACUGCAUGUUUAUUUCAAUCAGGUUUCUGCAUGCACGAGACUCUUUUCAGUAUCACGUUACUAUCGGAUUCUGCCCACGUUUGCACAAACGCACGAGCCCGGCCAGACCCGGGGAAUCACGGACGACUAAAGACGACUAAUAAUCGCAAAAAUGAAAUGUAGGAUUACCGUUUAAAGAAAAAAAAAAAGAAAAAAAAAGAAAAGUCUAAUAGGUGAAGUACUUUUUUUUUUUUUGCAGUGAUUGUUGAUAUAAUUGUGCAAUUUUUUUAUACCGUAUGUAGUUAAAUCUGAGUAUGCCUAGAACUGUGAUUCGCUUUAACUGUCGUCAGUGUCCGACAUAGAAGUCCUGUGAAACUUCAUAACUAGUGUAUGCACACGUAUAAAUGUUACACACACACACACACACACACACCUGUAAACACACACACACACACACCUAAACACACACACACAGGCCUGCGAACACAAGCGUGACCUGAACAGAAGACGCAACAAUGUGAGCUUAAACUGAGAUCUUUUUUUUUUUAUUUUAUUUUUAUUUUAUUUUUAAAUGUUUUUUUUUAUUUUUAUUUUAUUUUUAAAUGUGUUCCACCUUUUUCGACAGAAAACGCACGUUUUUACUGCCCGGAAUGCAACCAAAGAGCUCACGUUUGACUGGAAACGGAGCCGCGGCGUUUGAGAAAUAAAGAGGGCAGUUUUUUUUUUUUCGUUUUGUCGGGGCUGUAGGAUUUAAAAAAACGUUGAAGCUACUGGAGAAUAAACUGAGCCCUGCACACGAUCUCUCUCUGGAAGGGCGGGAAAAGUGGGAAACGUUGGGAAAAAUGGCGGGAAAAGGUUGGGGGGAAAAGGGCGGGGAAA